CGCCAUAUCUACACUUUCGUCCCAACUUCCCAAGGAUAAACGUUCUAGAACACAAGAAUCUCUCUUUCACAAAACAAAGAAAUGGAAACUUCACAUCACAACUUCUCUUUCUCCGAGUUAAUUCCGGGUCUCCCCGAUGAACUCGGCUUGGAAUGCCUGACUCGUCUUCCCUACCAGACUCACCGAGUCGCCUCCCGAGUCUGCCGGCGAUGGCGAUCUCUCAUCGAAAGCCGCGAGUUCCACCACCUCAGACGAACAAACGGCCAUGCCCACAAGCUUGCUUGCCUCGUCCAUGCGCUUGACAAAACUUCGAAUCGCGGAGUCUCGGACUUGCCGAAACGCGGUGGCGAAACGGCAGUGAGUUUCGGAAUCGCCGUGUUCGACUCGACCGACUCGAGCUGGCACCCGAUCGACCCGGUUCCCAAGUACCCGGACGGGCUUCCGCUCUUCUGCCGGAUCGCGAGCUGCGAAGGGAAGCUAGUUGUCAUCGGAGGGUGGGACCCACAAACGUACGAACCCGUUACGGACAUUUUCGUAUUCGAUUUCGUUGAGAAUCGGUGGAGAGAAGGGCGGAAAAUGCCGGAAAAAAGGUCGUUCUUCGCAGUCGGGUCGGAUUCAUGUCGGAUCUAUGUUGCGGGCGGGCACGACGAAAAUAAGAACGCGCUGAGCAGCGCGUGGGCUUACGAUGUGGACCGGGACGAAUGGAACGAGUUGACUCGAAUGAGUCGGGAACGGGACGAGUCCGAGGGGGUGGUCAUAGGUGGUGAGUUCUGGGUCGUGAGCGGGUACGGGACGGAGAGUCAGGGCGCGUUCGAUUCAAGCGCGGAGGUUUACAACUCCGAGUCGAAGACGUGGCGGCGCGUGGAGGGCGUGUGGGAGAAAGGGAGGUGCCCGAGGGGGUGUUUAGGGGUUUGGAUGGAGGGAGAGAGGAGGUUGGCGAGUUGGGGUGAGUUGGACUCGGCGGUCCGAGUUGGGACGUGUGGAGUGGCGUUGGGGGAUCAUCAGGCCGUGGUGGCUGGGUCCCCGUGCCAAGAUGGGACCCACGGAUUCCAUUUGGUGGAGUUAAAGGAAGGGCAAAAUGGGAAAUUCGAAAAGAUUAGUGUGCCUAGUGAGUUUUGUGGGCCAGUUCAAUCUGCUUGCUGCGUUGAGAUAUAGUGGAAUUGCAUUGUUCAAUAAAUACCACUCGAAAAUCAAAAGAAGGAACACUUUUUUUUUUGUGUCAGUGUUUUUGCUCAAAAGACCAAUAAGAUAGUUCCUAUGUUUUAUAGUUUAUCUCAAAAAUGGUUUCUUACCAUUUAAGUACAUCCGUAUCGACAUUUUUGAGUAUCAAUUUGUAAAAGUAUGUUUGGCGAGAGAGAGAAAAAAAAAAAAAAAGAGUGCAAAUGAAUUUUGAUGAUUGAGACAAGUUUUUGCAACUUAAGAAAGUUAUUAGUUAUUACUUUA